AUGAAUCGCAUGAGCCGUGCGCACCAGCAAUCAAGGCUGCUCAGACUGCCUGCCGAGCUUCUCGAGCUCGUCCUGCGCGACGUCUACGACCAUGAGCCUCUCCCGGUACCCCUCUGCCGCAAGCUUCUCUCCCUUCACGACCGUCUUCUUUCCCGACGCCAUGCGAAAGUCAAGAUCGACCACCCGUACACGAUCUCCGCCUUCUGCCUCAGCCUUGCUCUUAGGCCCACCAUCGGCGAGCUGUGCCAGUCGUUCAAGGUCGCCAACCCCGGACGCCGACUCUUGGGCAUGAUUCCGCCGAGCGACCCAUGGAACGUCUUCUCCGCCCUGCCGAACCUGCGCACACUCGAACUCGCCAGUCUGCAGCUCGUCAGCAGCUUCCUGGCGUACCUGUCGUACGGCGGCGAUCCUGCGCUGCCGAAUCUCUCAGCUCUCGCCUUGAUCGCCUACCCCGAGCAAGCAGACUUUCCCUUUGCCCUCUCGGUAGAAGGGCUGAACAAGCUCCCCACCAUCGAAUCCCUUCGCAUGACGCUUCCUACAUUCAGCGUCAAGCUGCGGCGUGGCCAGAAGUUUCAGCUGCCCGCAAUGACUGCCUUCCAAUGCGACGUCGCUGGCGACCUUGCAGGCGUCUCCCAGCUCAUCAACGCCAGUCCCGCCUUGCAGUCGCUUCAAAUUAUCGGAAGACCACCGAACGAAGUGCUGCGCAACCUGAUCGUCGCAGAAACCAACCUCCACUCAAUCUGCAAGCUCACGCUUCAUGGGAAGAAGUUCAGCGAAGCUUGGCAGCUUCCGGGCGAGUUGAUCAGCUUGAAGCAACUUACGACAUUGAUUCUGGGCGCGCAAUACACGACUUCCGAUACCUCGCUCGACGUCUUGCGCCAACUCCCCCUCGAGAAUCUGCGCAUCUGCGCGGGCGCCCUGAUGUCUUUCAGCUCCAUCACUGACCUCAUCAGCGGUCCUGGCAAGCCUGCUAGUUUUAAGCAGGUGAUGGUCGAGACCGUCAGCGCGCGAUGCGACCCUAUCAAGAUCAACAAGGCUGACCGCGCCGCUCUCGAGACCUGGCUCGAGGAGGGCUACGCAUUGCCGAAGUGGACCGACGACUUCUCACGCGCAGGCUGUCAACAGAUGCAGCAGGCAGCGAUCCGCGAAGGCGUGACGCUCUCGGGAGGCGCGGUCAGGGCGGCGAAGAUUGAGGAUCGCAUCAACUCGAGGAAGCGGCGUGUCUUGAGGCGUCUGGCGGAAUUCGACUUGGCAGACAUCCUCCAGACGGAGACUUGA